CGAGGUAGCCCAAAUUACUUAAUUUAUUUUGCUACAGUUUCUCUUUCCCUUUUGCCCGUUCUGACCCUUUGUUCUCCUUCUCCUUCUCCUUCCUCGGAAACCCUUAUUCAAGAUUGGUGAACGAUAAUUGGAGGUUUCGUCUUUCAUGGAGGAAACCAAAGCAUCACAGUCUGCACCAAUCCAAGCGCCAGUUCCUCCAAGCACAGCUCCAUCUCAGACAUUGCCUCCUCUUCCUCCAAAACUCAAGAAGAGGCCACUUGACAGAAAUGCUUAUAUCCAAUAUACAAAGAUGCGCGCUGUUAUUAGAGAUCUUCGUCCUCAUUUUCUCGAGGUUUUGAAGACCCCCGACUUUCGUAAUUGCAAGGCAGCUAAUGAAAUUCGAGAAAGAAUAAAGGUUCUACAGGACAUGUAUAUAUUGAUGAUGGCAACAACUUCAGAAACUCUUUACAUCGAGAAGACUAGUAAUGUGCUCGAUGGUCAGUCCUCGUCAGUUGAUAAUCAAGAUCGACGGUCCCGAGAACAACACCAUGAUGGUAAACUGGGGGACAAGUCAUCUACAAAAUCAUAUGAAAGUAAUAACCCUUCAAGUUAUGCCACAGAAAAGCAGCGGGCGAAUGAUGGCCAGAUAUCUGGAUCAUAUAUUGUUGGUGGAUCAGCAUUUGGCUGGAAUUUCAUCGCCUUCACAGGUACCGAGCCGGUAUACUAUGGAAUUACGAAGGAAGUAUUUCGAGAAAAAAAUCCAAUUGUUUCAUCAGAAUCGUGAUUUUGGAAAGUAACAUGCUUGGGAAUUGUUCUAUGUUAUCAUGACUUAAGAUGAGCAUUCAAUAGAUGAAAUAGCUUCUAUUUAGAAUGUGAAAUUGUGAAUGUAUAAUGUAGAAGUUCAAUUAUGAAAGAUAUUAUUAACACUGAUCUUCCUUUAUCUAAUACCUUUGAUGAUCAACAUCUGGAAAUAGGGUCUUUGUUGAAUCAA